UUGCGAGCUGGCAGCAAUUUUUUUGCCAGCGCCAAGAGACCGGGCCACAGACUAUCGAGUAGCCACUGUACCAGGCAGCAGCCCAGUAGACCAGUAGCCACUAGCCACUAGCCAGUAUCCAGUUACCAAUAAUAUCCAACAGUCUCGCGCGCGUUUGCCAAGAGUCGAGCGUUUUUUUGUGCUCGCGCGUUACGCCAAGAAUUCUGUUGCAGUCGCCAAGUGCAACGCAUUUUCGCCAUACCGCAGUUGCAGCUGGCUUUGCUCUGCAUCCACAAUUAACAAGCGCGUUAAAAAGUGCACCAACCAUAACAACAACAACAACAACAACAACCAAAAAACAAGAAGCAAGUGCAAGUGCAUAUUGUGAAACACAACAACAACAAGAAAAAAAAGCUAACCAAAUAAAAAAAAAAAAGUGGAAGAAGUGCAGUCAAAACGAAUGUAAUGAAUCGUUUGUGAAUGAAUCGCCGGUCAAAAGUGAAUGAAUAUUGUGACGCCAUUUUGAGUACACUCAGAAUAACAAAAGUGCUAAUUGUCAAGCAUUUCAAUUGUGGACUGCUUCAAAGUGAAAGUCAAUCUAUAGUUGUCCCAUCCUGCAAUAAAAAAAAUCAAAUGGUUUACCAAAAGCAAAAAGCAAUACAAAAGUGCUUGAAAAGACGAAACAGUGGCAAAUAAAUGAAAUAUUGCUAAUACUAAAAGUGCAAAGUGCAAAACGCAGUGUUGAACAACGCCGCAGUUGAUCUGUUUAAAUGAUUAUGCAUGGUACCUGGUACAAAGGACCACAGCUGUCGCAUCAUCCACACACCGACUACCAUCAGUUCCGAUCGUAUCCCUCGUUCGUUGUGACACCCUAUCACGAGGGACAUGCGGCCACGCCCUGCCCGCCCACGCCCUGUACACCCUGCAACAGCAGCACCAGCACCAGCAGCAGCAGCAAUCAUGCCGCAACUGGACUUGGACUCGGUCUUGGACUUGGCCAAAACGCAGCUGAGGCAACGCCAAUAAUUGUCGAGGGCACAUUCGCUGCGGCCGCCGCUGCUGCAGCCGCUGCAGCUGCCGCCGUCGGUUGCAUAAAUCCAGUUACCGGAACGGUAACGAGAACGGGAACGGGAACGAGAACAGUGACUGCAACGGGAACUGCAUCUGGCAACACGCUGCUGAGUCCGGCCAUUAAAAUCGAGCAGGUUUUUGGCGAGGCAUCUGCCAACUCAUCGCUGGGCGCCGUUGUCGAGGAUUAUGCCCUGAACCUGGACUGUCCAGUGGAGCAUCAGUUUCGGAAACCCCAACAGAACAACAACAGCAUUAACGGCUACGCCUGGUCAACGAGCAACGGGCCGCAAAGCGAAGUCGUCAACAACAACAACAAUCAACACAAUUCACACCAAACAGGCGCGACCGGACCUGGAUCAGGACUAUUGCCUAGCUCUGCUCCAGCGACGCCGCCAACGCCGCCCGUGGACGCCAGCCAAGCGACAGCCGCUGGUUCCGCAAUUAAUUUGAAUCAGCCCGCAACCCAGACGCGUACGAACUACGGCAAUUCCGUAAAAUCACCACCGGAAACAGGCAACGCUCAGCCAUCAGCAGCUGCUGCCACCUGCAAAACUCACGACAGCAUCAGUAGCAACAACAACUGCAACAACAACAACAACAACAACGCAACUGCUGCCGCUGUGGCCGCUGCCGCCGCUGCUGCCGCCGCUGUCAACAUGCCGAUCGGCGGCGUGCAGGGACAGAAUCCCACCCAGGGCCUGGUCCAUUGGAUGAGCGCCGUGAUGGCCGAGCACAUGACCGGACAGACGCAUCACGAUCCCGGCGCUGCCGUUGGCAUGCACUACAUGUGGAAUGGGAAUGUCGAUCAUGCCAAGGAUAUUAGCGAUUACAAUCUUUGGCCACCGACGCCGCGCAGCCAUCAGCAUGCCAGCGAGCAUCAUCCGAUGUCCCUGAAACAGGAAUACGAGGCCAAAAUGAAUGAUCACCACCAUCACAAUAAUCUGCAAAAAGGUCACUUUCUGGAUGACAACCGUCUGGAGCAUCAUGCGGCGGUCGCCGGACAAGGCAGCCUGGGACUUGGUAGCGCCGUCAAUGGCUCUGGCCCUGGCCCUGGGGGUGGCAACUCUGGCCUUGGCGGUGGCUCGCAUCAUGGCAACCAUGCCUCCGCCGCCGCUGCGGCCGCAGCGCAUCAUCACAACAAUGCAGUGGCAGCUGCAUCAGCUGCCGCGCUGCUCGUCGUCCCGCAGCCGAUCAAUGCCAGCAAAAUGGGCGGUCCCGGUGUGGGCGCUGGCGGUGGACAUGCCCCCGCCGGCGGCAGUGGACGCAAGUAUCAAUGCAAAAUGUGCCCGCAGAUCUUUAGCUCAAAGGCGGACUUGCAGCUGCACACGCAGAUCCAUAUGCGUGAGGCGAAACCAUACAAGUGCACGCAAUGCUCUAAGGCGUUUGCCAACUCUUCGUAUCUAUCACAGCACACGCGCAUCCAUUUGGGUAUUAAGCCGUAUCGCUGCGAGAUUUGUCAGCGCAAGUUUACGCAGCUAUCGCACCUGCAGCAGCAUAUACGCACGCAUACUGGCGAUAAGCCGUACAAGUGCCGGCAUCCCGGCUGUCAGAAGGCCUUCUCGCAACUGUCCAAUCUGCAGUCGCAUUCGCGCUGCCACCAGACGGACAAACCGUUCAAGUGCAACUCCUGUUACAAGUGCUUCUCGGAUGAGCCCUCGCUGCUGGAGCACAUACCCAAGCACAAAGAGUCGAAGCAUCUGAAGACGCACAUCUGUCAAUACUGUGGCAAGUCGUAUACCCAGGAGACCUACCUGACCAAGCACAUGCAGAAGCAUGCGGAGCGCACGGACAAGCGGCCGCCCAUUGCGCCGGGCAGCGCAGCAGCUGUUGCCGCUGCUGCUGCUGCUGCUGCCGGCGGGCAGCCUAGCAAUACAUCAACAGCGGCGGCCAGCAACACACAGCAUCAGCGCAACAAUCUGGUGUUGCCACCCGUUUCGAUAGCGCCUAGCGACAACAGCUACUGGCCAAAGGUAAGUCCGGACUCUGCAGCUGCAGCCAAUGCCAUGGAGGUUAUGCAUCAGCAGCAACAGCAACAGCAGCAGCAGCAACAGCAACAGCAACAGCAACAACAACAGCAGCAACAACAGCAGCAGCAACAGCAGCCGCAUCACCAUCACACGCAACUGGGCGUACCACCGCAGCAGCAUGGCCCGCCACAGCAGCAGCAACAGCCGCAGCACCAUCACCCACAGCAGCAGCAACAACAACCACCGCCCCAGCACAGCAUGGAGGCGCACUAUGCCCAACCGACAGCGCCCAACAGCAACCAGAGCAAUGGCCAUCCGCCGGAGCAGCUGCAGCCGCAUCAUCGCAUCAUGCCCGACGCUGUGCGCGAGGAUAUUGUAACCACGCCCAGCACUGUCGGGCCAUAUGAUGCGGCAUCCAUAACGAAAACCACCAGCAAUUCGGCCUUUACGCCGAUCAACUCGAUGCCGCCGCACCUUAACUCACUGAGCCACCAUCCGAUGGCACAGCGUCCCUAUCUCUAUGAUGCCAUCAGUUUUCCCAAUAAGAAUGUGAACCAGAAUAAUGCCAAUGCCUUUCCCAAUCAGCUGAUCUCGCUACAUCAGAUACGCAACUAUGCGCAUCAGCCGGCGGGCCUGAUGGCCGGGGAGCACCUGCUCGGCGUAAGCGUCGGGCCUGGCAAGGAUAAAGGAUAGCUAACGUCGUAUUUUUAAGUUGGCCACGCCCCAUCUUCUUAAGUUAUUGUACUUAGCUACAUAUUUGAUACAGUACAUAUAUGUAUACAAUUGUCAGAUAUUUCGUUAACCGCCGAUUUGUAUGCAAUACGAGCUGAGGCCCGUUUAAUUAGUUUCUAUUAGAAGUGUCGCGUAUCCUGUACAGUAUUAAUUUGUAGUUAGUAACUCUUAGUGCGUACUAUGACCUAGGUUAUAUAAAUAUAUAUUUA